AAACUGUAACUAUAAAAAUGGACGUUAACUGUUUACAUUCUUAACAUUUACUGAACAAUUCGAAUUUAGUUUGUUUAAGGUUUUAAGUAACCAAAUUUUGUUUUUGUGUGCUAAUUGCAAAAAAUUUUUAUAAAAGUGUUUGUUAUUUGUUGUUUUUUCCUGAUUCAAGCAAUCAGUACUCGUUUGGAUUUUCACCGCUCUACACAGACACUAUCUGCGAGGACUGACAAUUUACACCAUGGAGGAAUAUAAACAUUUUAUAGUGAUCGCUACGUUAUGUCUAAUUUUCUUCUAUACAAAUGUUGUAUCGGCUGGAAAAAUUAAGUAUAUGGAUUCAAAUGAUAAUCCUGCUGUAAAUAUCGAUAAUGAAAAUCCUACACCUAUAGUGGGUGUUCUAACACAGGAAGUUUCACAAUUAAUUUUAAGAAAAUAUCCCAAUAACAAUUAUACUAGUUAUAUAGCCGCAUCAUAUGUUAAAUAUGUAGAAGGUGCUGGUGGUAGAGUUGUACCGAUUUGGAUUGGUCAAAAACGUGAAUACUACGAAGAUCUUUUAUCCAAAAUCAAUGGUGUUCUUCUACCCGGUGGUGCUACAUAUUUCAAUCAAUCACAUGGUUAUGCUGAUGCUGGUCGUUAUAUUUAUGAAAUUGCUAAGGAGAUCAAUGAUAAUGGCACUUACUUCCCUGUUUGGGGUACAUGUUUAGGUUUUGAAUUAUUGGUUUAUCUAUCGGCUAAUUCUAGCGAGCCUCGUACUUAUUGUUCUUCUUCUUCACAAGCUUUGCCGUUAGAGUUUAAAGAAGAUUUCAAAAAAUCCCGUAUGUUUCGAAAUGCCAGCGAUAAUGUUAUAGAUAUUUUGAAAAAUUAUGCGGUUACAGCAAAUUUUCAUUUGUAUUGUUUUACCGAAGAGACUUUUGCCAAUAUGAAGUUAAAUAAUAUAUGGGAUGUCAUGAGUUUAAAUCAUGAUUGGGAUGGUAUUGAGUUCAUAUCAACUAUUGAGCAUAAAAAAUAUCCCUUCUAUGGCACCCAAUUUCAUCCAGAGAAAAAUAUUUAUGAAUUUAUUGCCAAUCGUAAUAUAACUCAUACCUCAAAAGCUAUACAAGCAUCACAAUAUUUUGCUGAUUUCCUAGUUAAUGAGGCCAGACGUAAUCGUCAACAAUUCAAAAAUGAAACCGAAGAGGUACAACAUUUGAUUUAUAAUUAUGCUCCAGUGUACACCGCUUUAAAGGGUUCCUCAUUUGAACAACAAUAUCUAUUUGAAGCAGAACGUAGUUCAGCUUUUAAUGUUAUGAAAAUUAAUAAUUUAACUAUAUUGUUAAGUUUGCUAAGCGGUUGUCUUAUCUAUAAACUUAGUUUAUGAUUCAAGUCUCAUAGAAAUCUCUAUGAAAUUGUGUGUUCUAAAUGUUUUUAAACAUUAUUGCAUUUAUGUAUUUGGGUUCCUUUUUUUUAAAUUAAGAAAUCUUAUAGUGAUUCUUGUUAAUUUCCGUCGUUUUAGUUAGUUUAAAUCUUUGUAAAUUAUUUACUCAAAUUAUUUAAACAUUAAUAAUCAAUCACAAUUGACUGCUAGUUGUUUUCUUUAGAUAAUUUGUUUAUGGUACUAAAGUUUAUUCAAUAAGUUGCAAAGAAAAUUUGUAAAUAAAAUUGUAGUUAUUAUUAUUUUGUUAUUGAAAA